CCCCAUUCACUCCCCCACCGCUUCUCUCUGCCUCAGGAGAGGCAGUUUCCCACUCGUGGUCAUAGAGUCCGAACAGGCGCUCGGUUAGUGCUUGGGGGUAUACAUUUUGUCAGACACUUUUUUUUUGGUCAGUUCACUCCCUCAAAGUUUGUCGUCACCUCGAAAAGCCCGCCCGGCUUUCAUUUUCUCCUCAGGACUACUGCAAGAAGAAGGGCCAUUUUAAAGACGUGCGUAUACUUUGUGUAGAGUCUGUAAAGGCUGAAGGCUGGAGACAUGGCAGACACAGACGCUAGUCCUGCUACCAACUGUGUGGAGAAACUGAAGACCUACGUACGGACCCGGAAAGGAACUAUUCUGGCUGUUGAAAUACUCCUGAGCUUUAUCAUUAUUAUCUGCUAUGCAGCAUCACUGUACGGGGGUUAUUCAGCAGUGGCUAUCUUCGAGAUGAUCUUUGCCAUCAUCUUCUUCGUCUUGUUUAUGAUGGAUUUCGACAAACAGUUGCAGUUCAUCAACUGGCCCUGGACUGACUUGUUCCGUGCCGGGAUUGGUGCACUGUUGUACAUCAUCACCUCCCUGGUCUGUGUGAUUGGUGGAGCAGGUGAUGGAGCGCGUAUCGCAGGCGGGGUGUUUGGCUUAAUUGCUGGCAUCCUAUUUGGUUAUGAUGCCUACACUGUUUUUCUGGAUAUCAAGAGCACUAGAGGACAUAAUCCUGCUUCUACAGAUGACAGAGUUUGAACACUAUUAUUUGCAUCUUGACAGCAACAGCAUCGCAAGGAAACACUCGAAAACAAAAGAUUGAAGAAUGGCAAGCUAAGAAUUUCGGUCAUGAUAAGAUAGAUUGAAUGUUUUGGAGAUGUAAACACUGCAAAAUGAAAAUAUUACAAGAAAUAACCACAAAGGAAUCUGUGGAAUGUCAAGGAGCCCACUAAAUAAGGCUGCAUCUGUAAUGAUUAGUGCUCAGUCAAAGCCACCUUGAGUAACAGGAGAAGCUGCUGUCUGUCAUGUUGGCUAAAAACCUUACAGCAAAAAAACUGAGUUAUGUUGGUGGUGGUGUAAAGGCUUCUGUUGAUGUCAGGCAGAGAUCAUUGGAAAUUAAGGAAAGAAUGAGAUUGCCUAGAAUGAUUUAACUAGUUGAACGGUCUCUGCUGGGCCUGUUUUACCAUGACAACAUAUUGUCUAGUAAUUAAGGGACUAUCACAUGAAGAAAGGGAGCUGACAAGCCUUGGUUCAGUUUAAGCUGGUGCUAUUUUUGAGCUUAAUUAAACGGCAAACUAUGCUCACGCUUGGAAGCAACUUGGGUGUAAAAUUUUAUUCAUGGUAGAUAACAAGAGCUUUGAUAACUAUUGAUUAUUGUUGAUGAAAAUGAAGCUGAAAUACUAUAAUGGUAGGAGUUUGUGUAUUUUUUUUAAUAAGUUAAUAUCUUGAUUAUCUGUUGCCAUAGUAACCUCUUACCUCAACGGCUACUCUGUUAAAUGUAAUUUGGAGUCAAAUCUGAGCACCAGAAGGUUCUAAGCGCAUAUUCACCAGAGCCACUGCAGGACAGAAGUCUAAUAAACGAUAACAAUACCCCAAAAAACAGCAUAUAUUAUCAAACUGGUCUAAUUUACGAGCAACAUUCUGUAUUUUGCAUUUAUUCCUCAUUCAGAGGUUCAUAUAUUUUGUAAUAUUGGCAUGCUACAUCUUCUCCAUUUUGCAUCAUAAAAUUUGUGCUUGGAUAACUGAAUAACUGACCAAGGUCAUGACGAUGGAACAAAGAUGGAUGUAGAACACCAUGUAUAUAACUAGUAAUGUUCACCAUAGACUUACAGUAAUGAAGCCUUACUUAACCCUUGUGUAGUGUUCAUGUUUUUGUUACUCAGUGGUCUGGUGGACCCACUGCAUUAUUGUUUUUUAAAUCAGUACAGCCAUAACAAUUUAUGUAAAAAUAGCAGAUAAAAUAUCACAAGUGGCCAGCGUAGGGUUCUCCUUCAGUAGCUGUAGCCAGUCAGCCUGAACACCACGUGUGAUAUAAAUGUGUAGUUAUUUUAUAUGUUCUUCACAGAAAAUCCCACAGACCCCAACACCACACAAGGUAUUAGUAAAUAAUGCUCCUAUAGGAAUUAUGUUAUGUAAUGUACACGUUACUGUAUUCAGAGAAGGAACGCUCAUUGAUGUUGCCAUUGUGUUGUAACAGUUGCUUUGUGAUCAGGCCCUACUUGUUAUUGUGUCGUUUAGACAGAGAUUUUUUUCUUCACUCACACAGCCCACACUGCGUUAGGAGCACCAUUGUUUUCUAUGUGUAACGUGUGUUGAUGAAGUCAUUGUACCUAACCUACAGAGCCGAGGUGUGCCGUGCUUUGAUUCCUGCAGUAAUAUCACUCACUGCUUUCUGUACAGCCUCCUGGAAAUUUAUAGUAGACUACUUUAGUUUAAUUAGUUUGCCUUAUUCUAAAACCAUUGUCUCAGCUAAGCCAUGUCUCUGAUUUUUUUUUCUGUCAAUAAUUACAGUCUCAGGAUAUUUUUCAGAUAUAUUUUAGACCACGUCUGAGAGUUUCUUGCAUUUUUUUUAUGUUCAUCCUUGAAAAAUAAUGCAGUCCAAAGAAGCUCUGCAGUAUUUUCAUUCUUUUCACUUUUCUAAUGUAACUGUGGUUUUAUUGUUUUUUUUUCAUGAUGCAAUGUGCUUUAAAAAUGUGUUGUAACCACGUGAAUAUUUGCGUGGGUGCGACCAAUAAAAACUUGAUAUAUUUAAACAA